CGAAGGGGGCCUUAGAUGGAUGCGGAGGGGAAAUGUCAGCAGAGCCGUUUGAGCUGCCUGCUUUAGACCGCUUUUGUGUUGUUAAAAGGAAGAGUGGAUAUUUCGUGUCUGUUUCUGGUGUAUAGAGAAUGGAGACCUCUAAAUCCUCUACAAUGCAGGUCAGCUUUGUGUGUCAGCGAUGCAGCCAGCCUCUGAAGUUGGACACAUCCUUCAAGAUCCUGGAUAAGGUCACCAUGCAAGAGCUGACAGCCCCUCUGGUGACAACAGCAGCAGUAAAGCCAGGUGACAUCCAAGAAGUGGAUUCAAAUAUAGAGGAAACCUUUGCAGAAAACCGAACAGAUGGUGUAUCCCGAAGACUAAUCCCUCCAGCCAGAAUGAUGUCCACAGAAAGUGCAACUAGUUUCACACUCAUAGGAGAAGCAUCCGAUGGAGGCACCAUGGAGAAUCUGAGCAGAAGGCUAAAGGUGACGGGGGAUUUGUUUGACAUUAUGUCAGGGCAGACAGAUGUGGACCAUCCACUUUGUGAGGAAUGCACAGAUACUCUUUUGGACCAGCUGGAUACUCAGUUAAACAUCACUGAGAAUGAGUGUCAAAAUUACAAACGGUGCCUGGAGAUUUUGGAAAGAAUGAAUGAAGAUGACAAAGAGAAACUGGAAGCCAAACUGAAGGAGCUAGCCGAGGAUGAGGAUAGACUUAUUCAGGAGUUAGAGGAGGUGGAACGAAACCGCGAGUUAGUUGCUAAGGACAUCGAGAAAGUACGAGAGGAAGCAGAGAGGCUGGAGCAGGAAGAGGCUCGCUAUCAGAAGGAGUACAGUGAGUUCAAGCGCCAACAGCUGGAGUUAGAUGAUGAUUUAAAGAGUGUGGAGAAUCAGAUGAGAUAUGCUCAGAUCCAGUUGGACAAGCUUAAAAAGACCAAUGUCUUCAAUGCCACUUUUCAUAUCUGGCAUAGCGGGCAGUUUGGCACAAUUAACAACUUUCGUCUCGGCCGUCUGCCUAGUGUGCCAGUGGAAUGGAAUGAGAUUAAUGCAGCCUGGGGCCAGACUGUUCUACUGCUUCAUGCACUAGCCAAUAAGAUGGGGCUGCAGUUCCAGAGGUACCGGUUAAUGCCAUUUGGAAACCAUUCCUAUUUAGAGUCUCUUACAGACAAGUCUAAGGAAUUGCCCCUGUACUGUUCAGGUGGUUUGCGGUUCUUCUGGGACAACAAGUUUGACCAUGCCAUGGUAGCGUUCCUGGACUGUGUGCAGCAGUUUAAGGAGGAGGUCGAGAAAGGGGACACUGGUUUCUGCUUACCUUACAGGAUGGAUGUAGAAAAAGGAAAAAUUGAAGACACGGGAGGAAGUGGAGGUUCCUACUCCAUCAAGACACAGUUCAACUCUGAGGAACAGUGGACCAAGGCCCUAAAAUUUAUGCUGACAAAUCUUAAAUGGGGACUGGCCUGGGUUUCCUCUCAGUUCUACAAUAAAUGACACAUCAUUUGGUUGUUGGCUAAACAUCUGUGUGUGUUGUGUUUGCAGUCACAUGGAGAAGAGUCUGCCAUUCUGAAGGGUAAGCUGAACCCCUUUUAUUGCCAGAGGCUGGCCCUGCUGGCAUUGUAGGGUUAAUGUAGGUUAGUAUAUCACCAUUUUUCCACCAAAGCAAGCCUGUUUUCACAACUGUUUUAAAUCAACUUACAAGUAUCCCUUGUAUCAGUCAUGUUACGUUUAUGGAGGCGUCAGUUGAGGUGGUUUACUUAAAAAAAUAGUAAAGUCAUAAUUCAAGCUUUUCAUUUUGCAUGAAAUUAACUUCAGUUUUCCCUAUUGAAGCAAAUAGGGAGAUUACCUUCCCAACAGUACACUGCACGAGACAAUGGUUGCUGGACUUUUGCAUUUGAAGUAGGGAUGUGCCAAAUCCAGGAUUUCAUUCGAGCAGAAUGUGGGCACUUUUUUGCAGGGUUUGGCUGAAUCCUAGGAGUUCAGCCAAAAUUAAUCCCAACCUUUAUCAUACAACUGUAAAGCUCUGGCCAACUACAUGAACUGAAAACUGAAUCCAAAAAUUGUUGCUUCUGUGGGUCCCCUAAUAUGUUAACCCUAUAAUAUGUGUAAAA